AUGACAUCCACCGAGGCGCCCAAGGUGCCUGUUUAUUCUCUCAACGACCUCAAAAGCACCAGCGACGACGCCCUCACGCCCUACCUCUGCACCCUCCCUCAGCCCUACACGUUCAAGCGCGACUACACCAAGACCAACAUCCGCUUCGUCGUCGGCUACUCAGCCGUGCUAAUCGCCGGCGUCACUUUCUACCUAGACCGUCAACUGGGCUGGGAAGCCACCGAAGCGCUCUGGGUCAAAGUCGCGGUUGCCGCGUACUUUGUCCUGAACACGUUCCUGACAUACUGGAUCUGGGCUGUGGAGGCUGGGGAGGUGUUCAAGGGGUCGCGGAAGACGGGGGAGACGAUCACAAUCCAAUCAUACACAAAAAAGAAUAAUCCAGUGUACAAACUGAAAGUCAGAUACACAGCCUCAGACACGAAGAAGGUUCUACAGGAGAAGGAAAUUCAAGCUUCGUUCACGCACUGGUUUUCGGAAAAUGGGACCUUCCACCCUGAGCCAUUCCGCGCCUGGCUUGCGAGGGAGAUUGACAUCCUGGCUGCUGCUGAGAAGGAGACGCUGAAGAAGACGGGGAAUGCUUCGAGUCAUGUUAGUGUUGAUGAGGGGAGGGGGAAGAAGAAAUGA